UCGUAUAAUCAUUGAUAGCAUUCACUCGGCGUCAUUAGAAAGAAAAGUUCUGCUUCAAGGGAUACGUUUAUUUUUUUGAGCUGAAGAAACAUUGUAUCAGAAAUGAAGUGGGUCUUAAUUUGUGGUUUAUUGUACUUCACAGAUGCAGCUUCGGUUCUCCCCACUUUGCCGAACGUGUCUGGGGGUCCGAUGUCACCAAUCGAAAUUUAUAACACCAUUUCCAACCUGUACAACUCCCCACUAGCGCAGUACUUGCCACCCAUGACCGAGAUGCUGUCGACGGCCAUCAAAGUCAACAGCAUGUCCAGGACAGUUCAAGAGGCAAGUGACAAUAUUAACAAGAUAAUGAAGGACGCCGUCAACAAACUCGCAUCUGACCUCGGGGUCAAACUUCCACCAUCCACAAGCAACCCCAUCACGGCUCUUGAAAAUCUCAUAAAUAUGUUGGUACCAACCACGACCAAGGCUUCUAUUUUGGGAAGUAUCAGCAAUUGGCUUUCCGGAUCAACAACUGCCAAAUAUGCAGCAGCCAACAAUAACCCAUUAGCCAACCUUUUCCCAAAUUCUGGAUGAUAAUUGAGAAAUAUUCGAAAGAUGGGAUUAAGUUUGAAUUUGGGAUACAAUUUUUAAUCGGUUUUCCUCCAUGCAAAGCACCAAUUGAUAGAAAUUAAAAGAAACAUAAGGCACAA